CGCUUCGUUGUCUGCUUUUUGCAUUACCUUCAUUCAACCCACAACCAGAUGCUCCUGAAGCAGUAUGGAAAUAGCCUAUAAAUUAAUAAAUCUAUUGCCACAAAUCGAUGAAAUUAAAGAAAUACUGAAAUCAAAUCCCGAAGGCGAAUUUAUUUUAAAGAAAACUUUCGAAACAUUUAAUGGAAUCCAAAAGCAGAAACCAUCAACAAGUGACUCUGAUGAUGGAGUUGAAGAAUGUUAUUUUCUUGUACAGGCAUUGUUGGAUAAGUUUUGGGAGGUAAUACAUACGGGACACUUUAGUGAGGUGCCACUGGAUGUACGCAAAACAUAUGCCUUGGCUAGCUUUUGUAAGAUUAUAUUUCUCUUAUUAGAAUCCAUGGAAAAAUCACAAAUUGAGAAAUGUAAUGAGGUACUGGAUGAUGCCAUACUAUUGGGCUGUUCUCAAAAUAUAUUCAGCAAUGAAGCGAAAUUCAUGAAUUUACUAACAGAGUUAUUCGACAGCGAGUUGGAUCCCACUGUGGACCUACAAUUGCCCAUAAUAGAACCCUUACCUCGGAGCUCGGUUGACUGUGAUAUUUUACGCCUAGAUUGUCCAUCCCUUGAGGAGUUUAAUGAGAAAUGUUUCACUCCCCAAGUUCCUGCCCUGUUACUCAACACCAUCAGACAUUGGCCGGCACUGGAAAAAUGGCGAGAUUUAAAUUACAUUCUAAAACUUGCCGGAAAUCGUACGGUUCCCAUUGAAAUUGGUUCCAAUUAUACCACAGAUGAAUGGUCACAGCAAUUAAUGAAAAUCAAAGAUUUUCUCAAACGGCAAUUUUCCCAACCAAAACAGCAAUCGCCCAAUGAUGACAAACAUGAAAUAGAAUACUUAGCUCAACAUGAACUCUUCGAGCAAAUACCACUGUUGAAAAAUGAUUUUUCAAUACCCGACUACUGCUUGUUGGGCGAACACAAAGAGAUGGUGGAUAUAAAAGCUUGGUUAGGACCAAAGGGCACCAUUAGUCCAAUGCACUAUGAUCCGAAACACAAUAUCUUGUGUCAAAUAUUUGGUUCGAAGAAAAUCAUAUUAGCUUCACCCAAAGACUCCGACAAUCUUUAUCCACAUGAGGGUGAAUUCCUAUCGAACACAUCACAAAUUAAUGCAGCCUCACCGGAUUUGGAGAAAUAUCCACGUUUGUCUAUGGUAAAAUUUUAUGAUUUAACCUUACAGGCAGGUGAUUGUUUGUAUAUGCCACCGAAAUGGUGGCAUUAUGUCGAAUCGGAGAGUCCAAGUUUUUCCGUCAGUUUUUGGUGGGAAUAAAAUAAAUGUGGAAUGAAUAAUA